AAAUUCAACAUUCUCUGAGGAUCACUCAGAAACAACAUACCCACCGAAGGUCAGCUGCAUAAAGGGUCUUGUGGAACAAUAUCUGAAAUUUGGGCAGAAAGCAAACAAUAAGGAUUACCAGCAGAAGCACUUCAGCAAUGAGAUGGACGCUGUAACAAAGAAAAACAAGCGCGAUGGAACAGAAGUCACAGAGAGACUUAUUACUGAAACGGUUACCACCAGGCUGACAUCUCUUCCUCCAAAAGGAGGUGGUAGCAGCGGGCUCAAGUCAACAGCUUAUAGUGGAGGGAGCGGCGUGGAAAAGAGGACCUACACCCACGGCAGCAGUUAUGUCACAGCCGGUGGAAAUGCUAGAACAAAUUCCUCUUCCUCCUACAAGCAAGCCACUACUCCUUGCUCUACUCUUCCCAAAUCACCUGGCUCAACCUUUGAACGAAAAACAUAUGCCACCCGCCAUGCAGCAUACGAAGGGAGCUCCAGUGCAAAUUCUUCUCCAGAGUUUCCAAGAAAAGAUUUUGGUUCCUCUGCUACCAGGGGGAGAAGCCAAACCCGAGAGAGUGAAAUCCGAGUGAGGCUGCAGAGUGCUUCUCCAUCAACCAGGUGGACGGAAUUGGAUGAUGUUAAGCGACUACUUCGGGGAAGUCGAUCAGCUAGUGCCAGCCCAACACGGUCUCCAUCAAGCACCCUCCCUAUACCAAAGAAAGCUGUUGUGGAAACCAAGAUGGUGACAGAGAGCACCCAAUCAGUGUCAGGGACGUACGACACAACCAUCUUGAAUGCUGCCCUCCCAUCGUACAUGUGGUCCUCCACCCUGCCUGCAGGGUCAUCUCUCGGCGGCUACCACAACAACAUGGCCCAAAGCUCAUCAUUGAUCAACACGGCAGCCCAUUCGACUGGAUCAGUGUUUGGAGUCCCAAACAACUUGGCUCCCAGUUCCCCCUCUCUGAAUGCUGGCCUCAGUACUUCUUCUACAGUAUUUGGUGUUCAAAACAACCUGGCUCCAGGCACUCUUGGUGUCAGCAACAGUGCAACCUCCACAGCAUAUGGAGUAAAGAAAAAUACUGUGCAGAGCUCUGGCGUGACUAGUACAGGGGUGUCCACCUCGUCUACAACUGCUGCCACAAUGGGCUCUCAGAAUGAUGACAUCCUGCGCAAAGACUGCAAGUUUCUGCUCCUAGAGAAAGAGAACGUCACUCCCAAGAAAGAGAUGGAGCUGUUGAUCAUGACCAAGGACAGUGGGAAAAUUUUUAGUGCAUCCAGCACUGGACUUAGCAAAGGCUGUUAUACAGAAGACACGCUAAAGAAGGACAAGCAGGCGAUUGCUGCUUCUUACGCUGGAGAUUCCCACCUGAAAUCUGAAACAAAUGGAGGAUUAAAAUCUGUUUCAACAAAGGACAAGGCCACCUAUGCAGAAAUCGAAGGUGAUAAUGGAUGUGGGGGGGCAGGCGCCGCUCCUGCCUGGUGCCCUUGUGCCUCCUGUUGUAGCUGGUGGAAGUGGCUCCUGGGUUUGCUCCUGGCCUGGCUGCUUCUCCUUGGCCUACUUUUUGGCCUUAUCGCUCUGGCGGAGGAAGUAAGGAAGCUGAGGUCCCGCGUGGAGAGCCUUGAAUCCCGUGCCAGCUACUGGCAAAUUAAUCCUGUUGGCAGUGAACAAGAGGUGCACAUUAGCAAAGAUGGGCAGUCUUCCAAACUUGGAGCAAGACUGAGUGACAUGAAUGAAUAUCAGCUGUGGGCAUUAAUGAAGACCAGGCUAGAUUCGGAAGUAAAUCAAGGUUAUUUACGAGGACAAAAAGGUGAUAUGGGACUAAAAGGAGACCAAGGGCUCCCUGGCAUACCAGGUGCUCCGGGUCUGCAAGGUCACCCUGGGUCUGAUGGGCAGAAAGGACAAAAAGGCAGCAUGGGUGAAGUUGGCAUGGAAGGUCCCAUGGGACAAAGAGGACGUGAGGGGCCCCCAGGACCUCGUGGGGAGCCUGGCCAAACAGGAUCUGGAGAGAAAGGUCCUGCUGGCGAGCCAGGACCUCAAGGUCCACCGGGUAGCCCAGGUUUUAAAGGUUCAAUGGGUUCACCAGGUCCACAUGGUCCUCCAGGUCCUCCUGGACUUCAAGGAUUUAGAGGUGAAGCAGGUGCACCAGGUGUUAAAGGUGAACGAGGAGCCAUGGGAACACCUGGGCCCAAAGGUGAUCAAGGGGAGAAAGGACCCCGUGGUCUUACAGGUGAACCAGGCUCCAGAGGGCUGCCUGGGCCUACAGGCGAACCAGGAUCUAAAGGAUCAGCAGGUCCACCUGGCCCAGAUGGACACCAAGGAACCAGAGGGGAGCAAGGACUUAUGGGAAUACCAGGCCCACGAGGCCCACCUGGACCUGCUGGAGAUGCAGGACAGCCAGGUCUCACAGGACCUCAAGGACCACCAGGACUCACAGGCAAUCCAGGCCGACCAGGAUCUAAAGGUGAACCUGGAGCACCAGGCCGGGUUACCAGUUCAGACGGUGGAUCAACAAUUGCUCUCCCCGGACCUCCAGGACCACCAGGGGCUGUUGGACCCCCAGGCCCACCUGGUGUCCCAGGUCCUGUUGGCCCAGCUGGUCUUCCUGGAGCUCAAGGUCCUCGUGGUGAGAGAGGCAUCGCAGGUGAAAGCACCAUCGUGGAAACUGUCAGACCAGACGUUGCUGCUGUUGAAGCAAUGCAAAACAUGCAAGGAAAACCAGGGCCCCCUGGACCCCCUGGCCCACCAGGACCACCAGGUGCUUCAAUUGAGGGUCCACCAGGACCCCGUGGGCCAGCAGGGGAAGGCCUACCAGGCCCACCAGGAAGACCAGGAUCCUUUGUGCCCACAUCUGAAACAUACUUUGCUGGCCCACCAGGUCCACCUGGUCCUCCAGGUCCAAAGGGAGAUCAAGGUUCGCCUGGCCCACGAGGAUUCACAGGUGAACCAGGUCAGCCAGGUCUCCCAGGAUCCUCUGUACAUGCAGGUGCUGGAGUCGCUGUCCAAGGACCACAGGGGCCACCUGGACCCAAAGGAGACAAAGGUGAUGCAGGUGUACCAGGAGCCCCAGGCAUCCCUGGAGGAGCUGGAUCAAGAACUUCUCAGGGCCCUCCGGGUCCCCCAGGCCCUCCUGGACCUCCAGGCCUAGGAAUUGGCUCAGUGCAAGAAAUUCGGCAGUACGUUGCCGAGUACCUCCAGAGUGACAGCAUAGGCCGUUAUCUGAUAGGCCCACAAGGCCCACCCGGUCCUCCAGGGCCCCCAGGAAUCACCAUUGGUGGCGAAUCUUUGGACUAUGCCGAAUUGGCUCGCCGUGUUAUGAACUACAUGUCCGCUUCCGGUUCCUCGUCUGGGAUGUCCUCCUCUUCCAUCUAUUCUUCAGCGACGUUUUCUUAUGAAGAUCUUCUGGCCAUGCUGCAGAGAGAAGAAAUUCGUUCAUAUCUCAUUGGACCCCAGGGUCCCCCAGGUCCCCCUGGGCUGCCUGGACUGGGAGGAGAUGGCUUAUCUCUGUCACUGGACUAUGAUGAAUUGACAAGACGAGUUAUCAGCUAUAUGACAAGCUCAGGAAUUAGCAUUGGGCUUCCUGGCCCUCCAGGUCCUCCGGGUUUGCCUGGAACAACUUAUGGAGAUGUCAUAGCUUUGCUCCAAGCCUCAGAGUUUAGUGGCAUAGUUGGGCCACCUGGUCCCCCAGGCCCACCAGGAAAUUCUCUUUCCACCCUCACUGCAGAGGAAUUCGCUGCAUACCUACGAAGUGUGGGAUACUCAUCACUUUCUGGACCCCCUGGACCACCAGGACCUCCAGGCCCCCAAGGACCACCUGGCUUUGGAGGAACCGGCCUUCUCUCCGAUGGUGAUAGCAUUUGGACUGACCAGUUCAGGAGUGAAUUGAUCCAGUACCUUACCAGUGAUGAUGUACGUAGCUUCAUCAGAGGACCUCCUGGGCCUCCAGGACCACCUGGUCCAGGAACAGAUGGCAACUUCAUGAGUGAAUCUUACAGAGGAUCCCUAAAUUCAGAAAGAUCAUAUGGCGGGUCCAGGAGCUCUGGCCUAUCUUAUGAUGCAUCACUAGCCACAGGAGGAUCAUACAGCAGUUCAUUGGGAAGCAAUGGAGAAUACGGUGCAUCGCUUGGAGCAGAUGGGUCUUAUGGUGGAUCACAUGGAGCAGGUGGAUCUUACGCUGGAUCACUCGGAGCAGAUGGGUCUUAUGGUGGAUCACUUGGAGCAGAUGGGUCUUAUGGUGGAUCACUUGGAGCAGAUGGGUCUUAUGGUGGAUCACAUGGAGCAGGGGGAUCUCAUGCUGGAUCACAUGGAGCAGGGGGAUCUCAUGCUGGAUCACUCGGAGCAGAUGGAUCUUAUGCUGGAUCACGUGGAGCAGGUGGAUCACUUGGAGUGGGUGCAGGAGGAUCCUAUAGUAGUUCAUUUGCUGGGUCACUGGAUUACAAUGAGUUGGCAGCCAGAGUAUCAGAAAACAUGCAGAGCCGAGGGCUCCUCCAGGACAUGAUGACUUACGCUGUGCAAGGACUACCUGGACCUCCAGGGCCUCCUGGCAUCCCAGGCAUCAGCAGGGUGUUUGCAUCCUAUGGCAAUAUCACUGCAGACCUCAUGGAUUUCUUCAGAACUUAUGGAACUAUUCCAGGACCACCUGGACAGAAAGGAGAGAUGGGAUUCCCAGGACCCAAAGGUGAUAUUGGACCAAUGGGCCCACCAGGCCGCCAAGGCCCAAGAGGACCAAGAGGUGAAAAGGGCGAGAAAGGUGAACAAGUAUACGUUGGCCGAAGGAAAAGGAGAAGCAUAGGAGUUUAAUCUAAGAACAUAAAGUCGGGCAGAGGCUUCCUCAAAUGUUUAUGGUUGCUUUUUGAUCCCAGUAGAGAUAAAGCCCCAAUUUCCAGUGACUUCCAGCAAGUGACCACCUACCUGCCACUAAUACUUGAUAUUUUGGGAAAGAAUGAUUUUCUUAGCAUGUUAUCUUAUGUCUAGGAUUUGGGUGGCUUCCAGUAGUACAUACUGAACUAAUCACUCAUUUGUUUGUUGUUACCACAUAUGGAUUGGAACUGGGUAUAACCUUCAUCUAAGCCUGAGGAUUUUAUAUCAGCAUAACUCCUGAAGUUUAAAUUACUAUCCAGGACACACCGAGCUCCAUUUCUCCAGAUGAGGAUUAGAAUGAGAAGUCUUCAGUAGAAACUUAACCAAAAAUAAAAGGAUUGGAUUCAGGGGUUCUGUGGUUUGAAGUAAUAGAAGGGUUAUGCGAAACGACCAAGGAUUUGGAUUAAAGAAGAGCAGGCUAAACCAAAUAUGAUAAUACUCAAAUAUAUGCCAGCAGGCUAGAUAACCAUAGGCUAUCCUUUUUUUUAAAAAAAAAAUCCUUUUAAUCUCUAUUAUUAAUUGCAUUGUAAAAAUGUGAAGGACUUUGGGGCUAUUAGUAUUUAAGCACUUUUGUUAGAACUGUGUUUUUUAAAAAAGUUUGCUGUGGUUUUUAUUACAUUAAAGGUGCCAUUUUAAUAUAAAGCUUCCCAAUUAGAGCUUGUUUACACUCUGGUCUCAUUUUAGUGGGAACCAGACACUAAAGUAUUACAAUGGACAGACAUAGUUAGGGGUAUGUCUAAGCAGACAAUUAGCAUGUAUUAAAUGCAAUAGCACAUUCUUAUAUUGAGCUCAGUAUUUGUGCUUUCAACAGCGAGCAAUUUGAUUUAUAACCAUUUCCCCACUGCUGCUUGUUUACAGUGAGCAUCUCCUAAGGUGGCUGCUGUCUUUAAUGCACAUAUACAAUGCUAAUUUCUCAUAGACUUGUAUGCACUAAGGGGAAUACAGACAACAGGCGUGUGUCCUUGCAACGAGGCUUAAUUUUACAUGGCCUAAAUCAGAUCAACUUAACAUGUUGCUAAUUUUGCAUGAUAUGAAUUCUC